AGAUACAGGAGAUGGCAGACAGUCGGCUUGCGAGUAUCGAACAGGCGACUUGGGAAGGCAGGAAAAUGGUCACCAUGUCGCCUUUUGUCAUAUUCUUAAUUGGUCUUACUGUGGGAUCAUGUAGCAUGAACAUGGGAGGCUACCUAUUAAAUGAACAUCAAGACAUCCUGUUCGACGAUUGGAAUAGCCAAAUGUCGGUUAUACCUGAGUUUACCUUGGGUGACCUGGAAGACGUUCGUUUUCUUCUUUGGACCAAAUCGAACGCCGCUGACGACAUGUACUACAGCCUCUUGCCCGGAAACCUAGAAAACCUCUUCCAGUCUCCGUUCAACGCAAGCCUCCCGACCCUAGUUAUUUUCCAUGGCUUCACGGGCAGCGGGGAACAAGAGUGGGUCCGUGAUACCAAGACAGAAUUUUUGAAGUUAUUAGACAGCAACGUUAUUUCUGUGGACUACAGAACGCUGGUGGUGUCUCCUUGGUACAAUUAUGCCGUGGAAAACGUAUACAGGGUGAGCAACUACACGGCCACUGUGUUGGACUGGAUGCAUGAGCACGUGGGAUUUCAGACUGAGGACGCGCACUUUGUUGGCCAUUCGCUCGGCGCCCACACUGCUGGCCUCACCGCGAAAUAUGUCACUGCAGGGAAGGUCGCCAGGGUUACAGGCCUCGACCCAGCUGGUCCCCUCUUCUAUGACAAACCUGCAGAUCGUCGACUUGAUCGGUCCGAUGCCAUUUUCGUCGACGUUCUGCAUGCGAAUGGCGGGUCUCUCGUACAGGGAUGCAUCGCUAUGAACAAAUCUUUGGGUCACGUGGAUUUUUACCCAAAUGGUGGAAUGCACCAGCCUGGUUGUGGUAUCGGCGACCCUGUUUCAAACUGGCUGGAUCUCUUUGCUGACUGCAGUCACAUGAGAGCUGCUUCCCUUUGGGUAGAGAGCAUAAGAUCAUCCACUCCGGACCACAUGUUCAAAGCAUGGCCUUGCUCUGAGUGGGACUCGUAUCUCCAAGGCGACUGUCCUGCUUGUGAACCUUCUGGCUGUCAGUACAUGGGCUAUCCGUCGACUCCGGGGCGCGAAGGCAUUUAUUUCUUGCGUACCAGCGACACCUCGCCUUUCGCCCUCGGAGAUAACCAAUGAUCGACACGGCGACCCCAGCUCACUCAUGCUUCGUAGGAGACGCUGUAGUGGAACACUCCAGUAA